AUGCCUUUACCGCACGACAACCCCAUGCCAUCUUACUGGCUUUCCUUCCCGUCGGACCUCUCGAAACACCGAACGACUGAGGAGCUUCCGCAAGAAGCGGACGUGGUGGUCAUAGGCUCAGGGUAUUCCGGAGCCGCGACAGCGUACAAUCUAUUACAAAAAGAUGGCGGCAAGAAGCCUACAGUGGUGAUACUGGAAGCUCGCGACGCGUGCUCCGGAGCCACGGGCAGGAAUGGCGGCCAUGUCCUCCCGGAUCUCUACUUCAACGCGAGUAGUUACGAGAAGAGGUUUGGACCGCGGACGGCCGAGGAACUCACAAGCUUUGAGAUGCAGCAGGUCAUCGAAGUCAAGAAACUGGUGGACAGGGAACAGAUUGACUGCGACUUCGAACUUACCCGCGCCGUUGGCGUCUUCCUGGACAAUCGGGUCGCCGCACCGACGAUCGCAGCCUACAAGGACAUGAAGGCAAGAGGGUAUCAAUUCCCCGACGAUUUACAUUUCAUUGCGGACCCGAAGAAAGCCGAGCAGGUCUCGGGCGUCAAGGGUGCCUUGGCCGCGUUCUCUCACACGGCCGCCUCAGUCUGGCCGUACAAGAUGGUGACACAUCUCCUGCGUCGGUGUCUGGGCUGGGGCGCCAACCUGCAAACCCACACACCCGUGCUCUCCAUCUCAGACGCGCCCGACGCCGCUGGCCGGUGGAGCGUAAGGACGGCUCGAGGACAGAUCAGGGCGAAAAAGGUCGUCGUGGCUGCGAAUGCCUACAUCCCCAGCCUGCUGCCUGAGUUUGGCGACAAGAUUGUCCCCGCCCGAGGCAUUGCAUGCCGGAUCGCAGUGCCCGACGGCGGAAAGCCUGCUCCGCAUCUCAACAACUCGUACACUAUACGGUAUGGGCCACAGGAAUACGACUACCUGAUCUCCCGAACCGACGGCAGCAUCGUGGUGGGAGGGGCCAAGCAGAAGGUGUUGCUGAACGACGCCAACUGGCAUAACAACAGUGAUGACUCACAAUUAAUCCCCGGAGCCGCCGAAUACUUUGACGGCUACAUGCAGCGGCUGUUCCAUGGCUGGGAGGAUUCCGGUGCCCAAGUCACCCAUAUCUGGACAGGGAUCAUGGGCUACUCGUCGGACCUGAUGCCGUGGGUCGGCGAAUUGCCCGGGAAGCCUGGGAUCUAUGUCCUGGCUGGGUUUACGGGUCAUGGCAUGCCUCGCAUUCUGGGCUGUGCCACCGCCAUCGCAUCUCUUGUGCGCGGCGAUGUACAGUACUUGAGCGAGACCAAGAUUCCUCCACCGUUCUGGAUCACCAAGGACAGACUGCGCAUGAAGAACAAUAUCGCCCGAGAAUAUAUGGCUGGUUCGCGGCCUUCACUGUGA